AUGUAUGUACGCGGUCGAAUUGUAAGUGUUGUUGGAGUUGAUUAUCAAGUGACUCCAAUCAUCUUCUUUCAGGUGCGGACCUUGCGGUGGUGGUUGCUGUGGAGGAUGCUGUGGCCCUUGCUGCCCUUGCAUCACGAUCUACACUUGUUGUACGAAGAUCUGUUAAUACAGCAGACGGGCCAGCACAGCCAUGCAGCCAGCGGAGGUUUUGCUCGGACCCAUUUGUUAAGUCUACUCUGUGUCGUCAUGUGCAAAUAA